AUGGAGAUCCCAAACCCACCCUAUUUCUCUUCUCAUUCAGAUUCAUGUGCCCAUCUCCUUCAAACUAGCCUUAAAUCCAGAGACCCUUUAAAAGGAAAAUCAAUCCAUGCCCAGAUGAUUAAAUUAGGCCUUAACUUUAGUGUCUAUUUAAUGAACAACCUCAUGAACUUGUAUGCUAAAACUGGGCUUCUUUUAGAUGCCCACAAUUUAUUCGAUGAAAUGCCUGUGAAGACCACUUUCUCAUGGAAUACAAUUCUUUCUGGGUAUGCGAAGCAGGGGAAAAUAGACAAAGCCCAUCAGGUGUUUGAUUUAAUACCUCUUCGUGAUUCUGUUUCGUGGACUACAAUGAUUGUGGGUUAUAAUCAAAUGGGUUGUUUUGAAAAUGCGAUAAAGAUUUUUGUAGAUAUGGUGAAGGAUAAAGUUUCGCCGACCCAGUUCACACUCACUAAUGUCCUUGCAGCAUGUGCUGCUAUAGGGUCUGGAGGUAUAGGUAAGAAGGUUCAUUCUUUUGUUGUUAAAUUAGGACUUCAUGCGUGUGUUCCUGUUGCAAAUUCGCUUUUGAAUAUGUACGGAAAGACAGAGGAUUUGGUGAUGGCCAAGGUUGUUUUUGAUAGGAUGAAGUUGAGGAACACAUCAAGCUGGAAUGCUAUGAUUUCCUUGCAUAUGAAUUGUGAUAGGGUUGACCUCGCUCUUGCUCAGUUUGAGCAAAUGAGUGAACGGGAUAUUGUUACUUGGAAUUCAAUGAUUGCAGGAUGCAAUCAGCAUGGUUUUGAUAAUGAAGCAUUACAGUUCUUCUCUAGUAUGUUAAAGGAUACUUCUCUGAAGCCUGAUAGGUUUUCCCUAGCAAGUGCUUUAUCAGCUUGUGCCAAUCUUGAGAAAUUGAAUUUUGGGAAACAAAUUCAUGGUUAUAUUGUUCGGACAAUGUUCAACACUUCUGGGGCCGUGGGAAAUGCUUUGAUCUCAAUGUAUGCAAAGUCUGGAGGAGUUAAAAUUGCUCACAGAAUCAUAGAGCAGAGUGGAAUUUCAGAUCUUGAUGUUAUAGCUUUUACGGCCUUAUUGAAUGGAUAUGUCAAGCUUGGUGAUAUAAACCCAGCCAGACAAAUAUUUGACUCAUUGAAAGACCGCGAUGUAGUUGCAUGGACUGCCAUGAUUGUAGGUUAUGUACAAAAUGGCUUGAAUAGUGAUGCUAUAGAGCUAUUCAGAACAAUGGUUAGUGAAGGGCCUCGGCCAAACAGUUUCACUCUAGCAGCAAUGUUGAGUGCCAGUUCAAGUGUGACAUCUUUGAGUCAUGGAAAACAAAUUCAUGCAAGUGCAGUAAAAUCAGGGGAGGCAUUAUCACUUUCUGUGGGCAAUGCUCUGAUUACGAUUUAUGCAAAAGCAGGAAGCAUUAAUGGUGCACGGCAAGUAUUCAAUAUCGGACGUCGGAACAGAGAUACUGUCUCUUGGACUUCUAUGAUUAUGGCUUUAGCUCAACAUGGCCUUGGAGAAGAAGCCAUAGAACUAUUUGAACAGAUGUUGGCACUUGGCAUCCAGCCUGACCAUAUAACUUAUGUUGGUGUGCUCUCUGCCUGUACACAUGUAGGAUUGGUGGAGCAGGGCCGAAACUAUUUUGAUUUGAUGAAAAAUGUACACAAAAUUGAUCCCACCCUGAGCCACUAUGCAUGCAUGAUUGACCUCUUUGGCCGUGCUGGGUUGCUGCAAGAAGCAUACAAAUUUACAGAAAAUAUGCCUAUAGAACCAGAUGUAAUAGCUUGGGGAUCGCUUUUAUCUUCUUGUAAGGUUCAUAAAAAUGUCGAUCUGGCAAAAAUUGCGGCAGAGAGACUGCUUCUUAUCGAGCCUAACAAUAGCGGAGCAUACUCUGCCCUUGCUAAUGUGUAUUCAUCUUGUGGGAAAUGGGACGAUGCUGCGAAAAUUAGAAAAUCGAUGAAGAAUAGAGGAGUAAAAAAGGAGCAAGGACUUAGUUGGGUUCAGAUCCAGAACAAAACCCAUGUAUUUGGAGCGGAAGAUGGUUUUCACCCACAGAAAGACGAAAUCUAUAAGAUGAUGGACAAGAUCUGGAAGGAGAUAAAAAAGAUGGGUUUUGUUCCAGAUACUGAGUCUGUAUUGCAUGACCUUGAAGUGGAGGUGAAAGAUCAGAUUCUUAGAUAUCACAGCGAGAAACUUGCCAUCGCAUUUGGGAUAAUAAGUACUCCAGAAAACACUACAUUGCGGAUUAUGAAGAACCUUCGAGUCUGUAAUGACUGUCACACUGCUAUCAAAUUUAUCUCGAAGCUUGUGGGCAGAGAAAUAAUUGUAAGAGAUGCCACUCGUUUUCACCAUUUCAAAGAUGGUUCCUGUUCUUGUAGGAACUACUGGUAG